AUGAGUACCAAGACAUACUAUUCACUGUUCAUGCAAUUAUGUCAUGUAACUGAAGAGGUGUUGAAAAAACAGCUCCGACAGUUUGUGUCUCAAAAUCCAGAAAAACGAGAAUUUCCAGUGCUGAGUUUUGUACUGGAGGAAAUGACAGUACCCGACGAAGUAUUCAACUGGAUUGCAAAUGCAGAUAGUUGCCACCCCGAUGUGCUUUCCAGUGUAAUAACAAGAAAGAAACAUCUUGACUGGGUGGUACAGGAAAUGCUGCAAAGUCUAAAGAAUACAGGUUGA